CCGUCAUCCGCGCACCGGCGGGGUCUUGCCGAGUUUGACCAGAUCCAUUGGAUACCCUCCCCGAUUAAGAGUGCUAUGUGCAUGACUAGAGCGUAUCUCUUUCCGUCUUUCACCACCUAUUGACCUUUGACUUUAGUCUCACCGCACGGGGAAGCAGGUAGGUAGGCCCGGUAGUUGCCUCUUACCAGUGACGUGACGUACCUUCUACUACUCACUCAGCCUGCCUACCUUCCUACCUUCCUUACCUUCCUUAGGUACCUUACCUACAUACGCGCACAACCUUCCCUUCCCUUAUUCUGUUUGCAUGCUUAUUUUGUGUGCUUCUUUCUUUCCCCAUCCUUCGCAUAAUCAGAGUCACAUAAAAGACUCUUAAUUAAGCUUAGGACAUUCUUCUCUUAUACCUUUCCACUUCUUAAGGUUUAUGGUGGACAAUCCAACAUCCACUCCAACCACUUAAAGCACUUGAAGCUGCUUUAGUCAAAGACCCUUGGUGCCAUCCUCCAAAAAAGAGACAUCCACAUAUUUCACCAGCCUUCUGUCGCAUGAACCAUCCACAUCCAUAAUAAUACGACUAGAUACAACUUUUGAUUCCGACAUUUAUUACUAGGACUGAAAUAUCGACAAGUCAAAACCAUUUUUCCUGUUGUUGUCUGCUGUUAGGAGCUUGUAGCCUGCGCGGCCGAAUUCAUCGGCUUGCAGAAUACAUAUAUCAUGGCGCCCACUCCCACCAACGACGAUCGCGCUAUGACGCACAUCAAAAUCUCUAACAUUCUCGACUUGCCCGAUGAGAUCUUGAAGGAAAUUUGCGGUCAUUGCUAUCAACCCGACUGGGUCUGUCUAUCACUAGUUAACAAGCGCUUUCGAGAUCUCGCCGCCGCCCAGCUAUAUCGCAACUUUCGUAUUGUAUUCCCCGACGAAGACGAUCCCUGCUUCGAUUCGCCCAUCGAUGGGCUCGCCGGCGGUUUAUCUACCUUUGUCACAAGCGAUUACAACUAUGCGAAACACUUGCGAGAAGUUUCCCUCGAUACCCUUAGUGUUGGCGACAGGGCUGCUAUUGCUUACAAGCCAUACCUUGCCAACGUUAGCUGUGGGAAGUUUAUGAAUACAUUGUUCCUUCUCACACUGCGUAAAGCACAAUCUCUAGAUACCUUUAGAUGGAAUAUUAGGGUUGAGCUCAGUAGACCGGUCUACGAAGUAUUGCAUAGCAUCAAGUCUCUGAGACACCUCCACAUUCGUCUGCAAGCUGGUCCCUCACUUUAUGAAGCCCCCCCACCUCUUCCUUACUCAGGCACGCAGUCGCCGUCGCCCACGCAAUGGGUAAAUCCCAAUACUAGCCCACUCGAUCCUCUUUCGCUGUACGGUCCUCCUCCUCCUGCCUUGGCGCCUCCAUCACCGGUAUUUAAGCCUUCGUGGAAGAACAAGCCCUCAAAGAAGUCGGACGUUAAGAAAGAGCCACCUACGAUCUCUGGCUUCAAAAAUCUCGAAACACUGUCUGUUCUUGACAUGGACAAUCUCGACGUAGUGACAGAGAUCAAGGCUUGCGUACGUAAUUCUUCGUCGACUCUAAGAAAACUGAAGCUUUCUUUCUCCGAUAAUCUUGCUAUGCAAGCCCGGAAACCCACUGCAGAUCCAGAUUUAGACGAAUCCGAGGAUGAAGAGUUCCAAGUUGUUCCCCUAUCCACGCCCGCUAACUACGAUAACAACGGUCCGGCAAGGGUGUUUCGGGCUCAGGAAGAACGGAAGGCGCAGGAAUCUGUUUUAGGUCGCAUUUUCGAGUUGGAACAAUUUCGAGUCAGGGAUUUCCGCAUAACGGCCAACAACAAGAAGGAGGAGAAGCCUAAAGAGCAACAGCCUUCUCGUGAAGGCCAACAAUUCAUCGAUGACGUCACCAAAGUCUUCCAACGUAUGGCAGCACAUGUCAACGGUACAAGUAAUUUUACGUAUCUAGAACAGCAAGAUGCUUUGGACCUGAUCACAAAGGCCGCCCGAAAAUACGUCAACUUCGAGGAGUCAAAGACCGACCCCAAACCUUCGACAGAAGAUAAGCCCACCGGCGAGGAGUCCCACGUUUCGUCGAAAGAACUUGAGUCAAAGUCGACCUCAAAUGGAGGCACGACUGAGACACAACCAUCGACUAGCAAGACAAAGGAUACCGCCUAUGAUGUAGACCCAGAUGAUAUCGAUAUCACGGUGCCCGAAGAGCAAUUGGCCGUUGACACAGGUGUGACAGAUGUCACACCGUCGAAGGAAACAGUUAACUCAGCAGAAGAGGUGCGAGAAUUCAACCCUCUCGACGAAGACGCCGAAGCUCAGCUGAGAGCAACCGUAAACCGCAUAGAGGCUAACACUGAGGACGUGAGGGGCAUUGAACGUGAAUUGACUGCCAUAGCGGCAGAAGUUCAGGACGCCCGCACCCAAAACGCACUGCCUCCUAAUGAGAAGGAGAAGCUUCUUUCUAGUGUCAGCCAAUACACGCGAGAUACGAGAGGCAUUGGCCUGCGCUCCCUUAGCAUUCAUCUCAUUCCUAUCAAAGCCUCUGUUUUAGGGAGGGCCAUUGACCUUCACAUGCUGAGGCGGGUUACCCUGCUCAAUGUUGGCGAACAGAAAAAAUUCUGGUCAUUGAUGACGAAGGAGAACAAUCAAAAACCUCUCGCACUACGGAAGGUUUUCACUGACGACGUCUGUUUACCAUUUCUACAGCUAGUCUCGCAAUUAAGCCAUGUCAACGAAGUGUUCAUGCUCCAACGAUCGGCGAAAUAUAAGCCGGAGAGUUUCGCGCCAAACCCCGGUACUACUAUCGAGCAAAUCCGAAAGUUCGUCUUGAAGAAGCACUUGCAUUCUCUAAAACGUCUCAUGAUCAAGAACCAGGCCGAUAGUUCAUGGGAUGUGGACGACAAAACAGUACAGCUUAUCUGCAAACGAGGAAGGAAAUUAGAAGAGUUGGCUGUGAUCAUGGGAAUGCGUGCUAUCCAUGUAUUCAUCCAAUUUAUGCCAAAUCUCGUCAAUCUUCGUGCACUGCAGCUUGUUUCUUUUAGGACAGAUGAUACUUGCCUGUCAGUUAUGCGGGAGACACGCCGCUUCAUCGUCGAUGCCGUUUCCCAUCAUCCCGAGCUCAAGUUAGAAUGGCUUGCACUGGGCGAGAAUGAGCAUGAGCGAACCGUAAGGAUCACUCGAAAGCCAGAAACGCCAAAGGAACCGAAGAAAGGACCGUCUAAAGGCAAGCAGCCUGCUCUCAACUUAGGCCACGACUAUAACGGAGGGCAUUUUCCUGUGGUUCCCGUGUGGGACGUCCCAAGUGAUAGCGAAGACGACGAGGAUGAUGGCCCAUUCUUAGGACAAAAGCUAGAGAUGAUCGAGGAUUAUGCGUUCUACGACGUCUUUGGCGUUCGGAUCUUCAAGAAGGAGGUACAAAGUGGUCGGUUGUGAAUGAAGGCUAAGGAAUGCUUAUGAAAUGGGACUUGCUGGUUUCACGGAUUUAUAGGUGUUUGAUUUCCCACUUCGGCUGAAUACCCCUUUUGCUAGCCGUUGGGAUGGCGUUGGUUUUUUUUCCUUUCGCCGAGGGCUCACGCAUAUGUGUCCCUAUGCUCGUACUUAGGUCCCUAGGUAGUUGGUUGUGCUUCCAACGGUUUCACUGAUGUCCCCCGGAACAAUGUGAAGUAUGGGACAUCUACGUGUUACGCGUUCAAGCUACCUAAGACAUGUCGCAAAAAUUGAGAUUUCCGUCCCUAUACAAGUCUUUGUUAUGGU